AUGCUGAAAUGGGAGGGGUUCAUGAGGCCGGCUACAAUGCACUUUCGACCCCCCGCAAUCAUCGGCAUCGUCAACUAUCGAGUCUGCUCUAAUGAAAAUGUGCACGAAUACACUCAAAGUGGCUCGUUACUACUGUACGAUUUUCUGUACUUUUUUUGCUACUUGCUGACCCAACUACAUACCCGUCACAAGAGCCAAUCCACCAAUGAAAUCUUCGUGUCUCGCUAUCUUUCUGGCACUUUCAAGCGUGACCCGUCGGCACUGGUCUCCCCGACCUGUAAGCCCGAAAUCAGUAACGUGGAUUAUGACACAUUUCCAGCGGUUUGUCUUUGGACCGGGCCUGACUGGGACAAUCCUAAGCCGGAAGCGGGAUGGGUUAACCAAUACAUCCAGAAAAAGGAUCAACCCAAAACGCGUAUAUUGGCAAAGGUCAUAGAGGGUUGUUGGUUUCAGGGUUGGUUCCAUGGUAAUUAUACGACGGGAUGCUUCGCCAUAGCCGUUUCUACUGCGGUUAUGAAGAAGUUGGCCCCCACUCAUGUCAUGGAUCACAUGUAUAUAGGGCCGGUCGUUUGGGAUUUUGUGAAAAAUGAUGGUCAUCAAGAAGUUUCAGGUCCGGUUUAAGUGCAAUUUUUGACGGGACAACUAGAAAGUAAAAAACCUCAUUCUCUUAUUAUUCUUUCCCUCUCUUGAAUCUCUCCAAAAAAAGUGUACUUGUGGAGACUUGGUAGAU